GUCGUUCAAGACAUCCUGGUGAUCUCGACUUACGCCAGUUUAGUUCUCGUUAUCGUUGUGUUUUUGGUGACGGAUUUAUUGCGCUACAAGCCUAUUGUCAUCGCUGAUGGAGUUGCGGGAGUCAUGACUUACGUUCUUCUGAUCGGGAGACCGUCCCUUCAAAUGAUCCAGGUCGAACAAAUGUUCUUCGCGUUUUUCUAUUCGUCCGACUCCGUUCUCUACACCUACAUGUACGCUAAAAUUGAGGACAAAACGACUUAUAACCAAAUAACGGGCUACGUGAGAGCCGCCGUUCUGUCUGGGAAAUUCUUGAGCGGCUUUUCGUCUCAGGUUUUCGUAACUCUUCACCAAGCCGGUACCAACUCCAGUAAAUUACCCCUCGUCUACAUGAGCAUAGCAGGUAUGACAACAGCAACCCUUGUGUCGUUGCUUCUACCAUCGGUGAAGCACACGUUUUACUUCCAUCGAAAAACUGAAGCUGAAGGUCUACAGCCGAGCCAAGCACAAUCAUACGGUGCAAUCGAUGUAUUCACCGUUAAGGCAGAAACUUUAUCACAUCCUAUAAAAACCGACCAAGUAUCCGCGAGCUCACUCAGAACCAACGAUCACACUGCCUCAAAAGUCAUCAAAUAUUUAUGGACGGAUUUCAAGGAAUCGUUCAGCAACGAGAGAGUCGUUGUGUGGGCAUUUUGGUGGAGUGUAGGUGGAGCUGGAUUUAAUUUGGUUCUCUACUACAGCCAGCUCAUUUGGAAAGAGGCGAUCGAGCAAAAUUAUCCGAAUAUGGAGUCGAUGAACGGAGUGGUGGAUUGUGUCUACACUGCACUGAGUGCUGUAGCCUCCUAUAAAGUGGGUCAGCUGAAUGUUGAAUGGACCAACCACAGCAAUGCACUCUUGGCUAUCGGGUCCAUAAGCUUAGGAGCCGUUGUCUUAUUGACGAGCCAACUGAAGAACAUAUACCUUCUCUACGUUUGUCAUAUUAUCCUCACAUUGACGUAUCACACUAUGCUCACAGUUGCAGAGUUCGAGAUCGCAAAACAAAUCAAAGAAUCUUGCUAUGGUUUAGUUUUUGGAUUCAUCAUGUUCGUUAACUUAGCUGUUACAACAUUUUGGACUGUGAUCAUUGUCGAGGAUACUUUCUUUACAUUCAACAUCAAAAGACAGUUCGAAUUUUGCGCUGGAUAUUUCUUGGUCAUCGGCGUGUACUAUUUGAUGAAGAAUAUCCAAACCUCUUCACGAAGGAAUGUACAUUUUAACUCAUGACUUACAAUGAGGACUUCCACUUUUUGCUCCUGAUUUUAGGGAUCCUUCAUCUUUGCAAAAAUAACAGGAUCCCUUUCAACCUAUUUAUUAGUUGUAAAUAACGAUCUGUUGAUAUUUGUACAUAAUAUUUUUCAUUACAUAAUUGUUUUUUACUUGGUUUUAAAUCAACCUAAUUUUCUGAAA